AUGACCGACGCCAGCUCCUUCAAGAGCGCAGCCAUCGACUUUGCCGCAGGCUGCGUCGGCGGCGGCAGUGGUAUCAUCGUGGGCCAGCCCUUCGAUACGAUCAAGGUGCGACUGCAGACCCACGGCGCCUUUUACGCGGGCCCGGUUGCCUGCGCUCGCCACACGUGGCGACACGAGGGCGUCCGCGGCUUCUUCAAAGGCUUGACAUCGCCGCUCUUUGGCAGUCUCUGGACGAGCGCGAUCGUGUUUGGGGCCUACGGUAGCGCGCUUCGCCAGCUCGAAGCGGGCGUGACUUCACCCGAGCCCCGCCUCUCGUCCGUGUUUACCGCGGGUAGUAUCGCUGGUCUUCUGCAGUCGAUCGCACUGUGCCCGACCGACUUGAUCAAAUGCCAGCUCCAAGCGCAGGACGGGUACACCAAAACACCGAGCUUUCGCGGUCCAAUCGACUGCGUCCAGCACAUUUACGGUCGCUUUGGCGUCCGCGGGCUCUUCCUCGGGUUUUGGCCGACGGUUCUUCGCGACUCGUACUCGUUUGGUGUCUACUUUUACGUCUACGAAGCGUUUAAACGGUCGCUGAUCGAGAAGCGCGUCGACGCCACGGCGUCGAUGCUCGUGGCCGGCGGCGCGGCCGGCGUCAUCUCGUGGGGUCUCGUCUACCCCAUCGACGUAGUGAAAAGCUGCAUCCAGACGCUGCCUGGCGACGCCUCGUCGCUUGAAAAGAGCAUGCGCUACCAAGUCCAGCGGCUGCUCCGAGAGCAAGGCUACGCGCCGUUCACAAAGGCCUCGGCACCACGCUCCUCCCUCAACCUCGCCCAAUUCGUUAAAACAUCAUUUUUCUGA